CCCUGCCCGGCCUGCCCGCGGGCACCUCGCCCCCUCGCCGGGGCUAUAAAACGGCCGCGCCAAGGGCCUGGAAAACGCAGUUUGCCGCUUCGUCAAGCGUGACCCCGCCGCCGCCGCCGUCUUCUUCCUCCUGCCGUUUUCAUCCUCUUCGUCCCUCCGUAGGGCCGGCGGAAAACCCAUGGCGUCCAACUACGUGGACACGACGGGCGAGGAGGGCCGGUUCCACGGCCCGCACCACCACCACCACAGCGCCGGCACCACCCCGACGGGCGCCGCGGCGUCGCCGCGCGCCAUGCGCCGGAGCUUCUCGUCCGCGUCCUCCGGCGGCGGCCACAGCCACGGCGGCGGGGCCAAGUGCGUGUGCGCGCCCCCGACGCACGCGGGGUCCUUCAAGUGCCGCCUCCACCGCACCAACUCCCAGGGCCACGGCCACGGCCACCCGCACCAGUCCCCGCCCACCUCCCCCGCCGCCGGCGCCGCCGCCGCGCCGGCGCAGGGCGUCCCGUCGUCCUCCGCCUCCUCCCGCACCGUCGAGGCCCAGUGAGUCGUCGCGGACCAAGAAACCCAAGAAGAUGGGCGAGGAGCAGAGGAAGAGAAGAAGAAACCCAACAAGAACAUGAUCGAGCGUCAGUGGAAGGGAGCCUAUUAGUAUUCCCCUUGCUGUGAUCCGUGUUACCGGAAGAUUUUUGCUUUCGCCUUUCGCGUUUUCUCCUGUCAUUUCUGUGUGGGAUCCCUCGGUUUCUGCCCGCUUGAUUCCCCGCCUGGCUCCCCUCCUUCAGAUGAUGAUGCUCCAGUCCAGCUCCUCCUUGUCCUUGGUUCAUCCCCUUCUACCUCCUGCCCUCCUGGAUCGCCAGCCGAGAGACGGUGAAAACGGAGGCCCUGUGUAAUUAAUUACCGCCAUUUGCCAUUCUAGUAUUGGAGAUUUGGAGUACCACCCCUUGUUGUGAUGUCUGAGAUCUUGCGCAGAGAUUGCAGAGUGUGAUGGCUUGUGCAAGGAUUGGUGGCGUGCUGAUUGAUGCUCAUUAAUGCCGCGGUUGGAUU